UUUUGAUACCGUAAUUCUUACUGUUCUAAUUAUCAGUUGGUUGCUAGGCGACUUUAGAAAAAUUGUUGUUGAAAAACACUAAUAAAAUGGCGGAACUACAUGUAAUAGGCCAGUUGGUUGGGGGAUACGAUUUCCAUUCCUGUGAUCUGUUCUGCAAGUGGGGACUGGCCCAUGGUAGUAACUGGAAUGUUAUCGAGGGAAAGAGUGAGGGACAAACACAAGUAGAUCAUCCAAAGGAUGGAACAUUUGCAAAGUGGUCUCAUCCAAUUGAUCUUCAUUUAUCUUGUCAGGGUCUGCAAGGUUGGCCGAAGCUUCACUUUCAAGUCUGGCACGAGGACAUCUUUGGUCGAAAUGAGCUCUAUGGAUACGGGUUCAUUCAUGUCCCAACUGUUCCAGGGAAUCACGAGGUAGACUGCGUAAUAUGGAAGCCAGUUGGCUCAUUCAUGGACCAAGUAACAUCAUUCUUUAUGGGUGGCGGACCAGAACUCUCUCAAGAGUCUCUUGUCCAUUCCUCUGAAGACAGGCUAAGACUUAGAACUGAGUCUUCGGGGAGGGUAAGACUAAAAUUGGGCAUAAUUAUUAGAAACUUUGAAAAAUUUGGAGUAGAGACUAGUUAGUAUUUUAUUUUAUGAAUUUUUUAAUAUUUUUAAGUAGAUAGAUGUACAUACAGUCCAUGUUUAAGUUACACAUUUAAUUUAUUAAUUUUGUUUUAAUUGAUUAUAUAAUGUGCACUCAUUGAUGGACACCACCACAC